AUGUCCGGAAGCCUACAAAAUCUAAAGAAGUUUGAACUAGUUCUGCUAGCAGAGAAAUUGAAGCUUAAGUUUUCAGCCAAGCUGAACAAGCCUGCCUUAGUGGAGCUAAUUGAGAAGCAUUUGAAGGGAUUAAAGAAACCGCUCAAUUAUCUGGAGUAUCCAGAGUUGGGUGAGUAUUACGAGGGUACAGAGAAGGAAUCACAGAAGAAGGACUCAUCAUCAUCAUCAUCAUCAUCAUCAUCACCAUCAUCAUCAUCGUCAUCUUCAUUGUCAAAGGAUGGGGGUAAGAAGGAGGACGGUGGAGGGCUUUUCCCCACGCAGUGGUUUUCAAAGCUCCACUUUGCUAAUAUACGCCCUGGCAAUUCGCAGUUUUCUUUUAAGUUUCAUGAAUUUCUAUCAGAUGUUCAAGGAAACGUUGCAGAAGCGAAUGAGGCCAUCCAGGAUAUGCUUUCUACGAUCCCCGCGAUUGAUGCUAUUUUCUUUGCUGUGGAGGUAUACUUUUACAUUAUUAAACCAUUCUUUUUCUUUGAUCUUAAGGAUAGACCUCACUACUUCUCAACUACUCUUUCACGGAGCCAGUUUGCUUCGUUGGUGUUAUUCUGGGUCACCGUUUCUUUUGCUUUGCCAGCGUUGAUUGGGUACUACAUCAACUUUAUUAGGUAUGACUUGCCAUCAGUUGAGAUUGAUCCUCUCAUUUUCCAUGUGGCCAAGUCUUUGAUAGCCAUUGUAAUUGGUUAUCAUUGGAAGCCAAGUUUUAUAAAUGAGGCAACCUAUGUUGUGAAGGAUACUUUUGGAGCUGCUAAGUUUUCUGAAAUAUUCAAGCACGGGUUAUCCUUUGCCCAUCUGCAAUGGGUUAUAAACUUACAGCAGUGGCCCUUGAUAUUUGGCGUGACUGGUGUCAUCCUGUGCUUGUAUGUUCUAUGA